AUGCAUUCCUCUUUGAAGAAAUGGCUUGCCACUUCGACCCACAAGAUCGAUACACUCUUCCUCAGAUUUCAUACAUGCGUCGAGGGAAGAGUGAUUGAAUUGAAGAAGGACUUAGAGGCAUCACUUUCCAAGGUAUUUGCAUUAGCCUAUGGACCGCCAUAUGGAAACUUGAAUAAGGAAGUAAGCUUGUGGGCGAUUGAGUUGAUGAUGGAAGAACGAGAGAGGGAAAUCGUUCGGCGAUGUGGAUGUCGGCUACCUGAGACACAUGGUCUACCAUGUAAAUGUAAGAUGGAUGAAUAUAGUGUUGCCGGCGUAGAGUUGUAUCCCUACCACUUGCAUCGAUUCUGGUCAUCUUUGGUGUAUGAGAGUCCUCCCGAUCGUGCCGAAUGGGAAGACCAUGAUGCCAUUGAGCGUAACAUUUUUACAGCAAUGGUGGAGGAUGUGUACAAACAAGGGCCAGCUGCUAUUCGGAAGGCAACUCAGAUACUACGACCCCAUAUUCAUCCUCAAGUUGAAGGCCUACAAGAGCCUAGGGAGUCAGAGGCUCAAAGGGGACGACCACCUAAGAGGACCAACGCCCGAGAUCCUUCUUCGUUUGAGCAUGAGAGGGCAAGGGCAGAAAAGAGGAGCAAAACAAAUCAGAGCCCGAGGACACCUAGGAGCAAAACCCCUGCAGGUGCACGAAAAAGUCAGCAUAUGCAAGUUCACAAUGAGAGAAAUGUUUGCCCCUAUCUUCGCUAUGUCCCACCCAGCAUCCACCCUCUUGUUAGAGUAGUUCACAGAUUGGAUUGUCGGAUUGCUGGGAGAUGCACCCAAGAGUAUUGGUUCGAGGAGGCGGAUCUACUGGUAUUUGCAACCAUGUACAAUUGGGCAAUUGUCGUCUAUGGAUUGUAUGGAGGGCGACACACGUAUGGGUACACCGCCUUACCUAUGACGGCGCCGGAGGGGAUUACUCAACCAAGUGAUGUUAUGGCACUGGUCUUUACUGGGGCACAUUGGGUGCGACUCAUAGUCGACGAUGUCGAUGGAGUGUCACCAAUGCCUCCUUUUUCACCACAGUGGUCUCAUUUUCGGGAUAUGACAUCAAUUCCUGAUUGGGACUUGUUAUACGAGCAAGAGCAGGCAUUGUAUGCCAUUCUCGGAGGACAUUAUCCAAACGAUGAUGAAGAGGAUGAUUAA